AUGCAGUUGCGGGUGCGACAGCGUCCGGCAGCGGAUGGCAGCACGCACACGGUGCGGGUUGCCCUGGCUCAAGGCGCUACAUGGGGGGACCUGCUGCGGGAGCUGGAACAACACCCUGAGGGUGGGCCGCGCUUUCACCUUGAUAAUGUACGCCCGUCGCUCAACGGCAAAACUCCGCUGAAUGCCCUCCCCACCAAUCACCUGACGGCUCUGGGCAUUUGCGCUGGUGACCUCGUUUACCUGCUCACGCCACCUGGACACAAUGCACCAGCAGCACCCGCGUCAGCAGCACCCGCGUCAGCAGUACCCGCGUCAGCAGUACCCGCGCCAGCAGCAUCCGCACCAGAACUCACACCGAGUGCAAGCAUGCCACCAGGGCCGAAUGCAAUACCAGGCGGUCAAAUCAUACCUAGCACCGCUCGCCCGUCGCCGCCGUCACUCACGCCGGCCAAUGUCAGUAACGCGAGCUUCAGCACGCCACUUCAACUGUUAACUGAAGCCCUGCGCCGAGCGCUGGACACCCAUGGUUGGACCAUGCCCACGCUCAGCCCCGGCAACCCCAUGCAGCGUGAUCAUAUCUAUGAUCUCCACUUUCAAUGGUCCGGUGUGGACGCCGGCUCGGGAUCCACCAGCUCGGCUCACGUGGCCCUCACCUCGACGGGGCCCAGCCGGUUUCUCUGCCAUGGCACAACGCGAGGCCCCACCUCUGGACGCACACGUCAUCGAUCAGCGAUGAUUAACCUCUCCACAGGUGCACAUCGCGGCCCCGGUGUGCUCCUGGCCGAAGCCCAGCGCCAACUGGCCGACCACUUGGCCCACCCCUUGAGUCUUGAUGCGCGAUAUCAGCGAGGCCUGGACACGAGCGACUGCCUUGAAGGCCUGCCUCGGGAUGCUUUGUGGCGUGUGCUUUCUUUUUUGGCGCCCGCCGACCUGAACAACCUGGCCUUGGCCUCUGCUCCCUUGGCUCGUGAGCUGGCGCAGGAAAACGUGUGGCAAUGGCUGUGCCAGGGCAUUCAGGUGUACCGGCGCUCAGCACCAACCUGGCAGUCGGAGUACAUCAAUCAUUGGCAUGCCCAUCGUCGACGCAAUCCGUCCUACCGCCGAACCAGAAGCCGCCCCAAUCUUGAUGACCUUGACAUCAACCCCGACUUUGACGCCGCGCGAAGAACAAUUGGAAAUCUGACAAUCAUUUCUCUGCGCUCUCAAAUCUCAAACUCUCUCUCUCAAACUCUCUCUCUCUCAAACUCUCUCUCUCUCAAACUCUCUCUCUCUCAAACUCUCUCUCUCUCAAACUCUCUCUCUCUCUCAAACUCUCUCUCUCAAACUCUCUCUUUCUCUCUUUCUCUAACUCUCUCAACCUUUCUCAAACUCUCUCAACUCUCUCAAACUUCUCUCAAGCUUCUCUCCAUCUCUGCUGGCCAUCUGCAGUUUUUGGGCGCGGCGGCGGAGACGGCUUGGUUGACAGACAUCGGUACGACGGACACCAUGCCGGCCGUGGCCGUGGCGGUAGCCGCAGCCGGCGAAUCUGGUUCUCAUCAAGUCAGGGACAUGGAGCUGGACACCGGCAGCUCGACGCCUGAGGAGACACCGCAUCGUGUGCCUUACGGUCUCACGGGCACCCUGCGGCGCAUGGCUCACAUCAAUUAUCACGACAUCUACUCGCUGAACGCGACCACGGUCUGGGUUCUCGUCUACUGUGUCUGCCACUUUGCUAUCGGCGUCAUCUUUUAUACCCAAGUUGAGCAGUGGACCUUCACCGAGGCCCUGUAUUUUACCGUUUGCACCCUUUCCACCGUGGGCUAUGGUGACUUUAGCCCCAGCACUGAGGGCUCACAGAUUUUCACCUUUUUUUGGCUCCUCUUUGGAUUGGGUCUAUUCACGCUCUUGUUGGGUCUGCAAUUUCGCACCGUUUCACGGCAGUCACAACUGCUAGAAACCUACGAUGAAAUCGUCAGCCAGAUGCGACCUGCUAGUGCAGCCGAACGAUAUUUAAAAAAGCGCCGACGCAACUUGAUUCUGAAUGGCUGCCUCUACGCCAUCUUGCUCGUGUUCUUUCUCUUCAUUGGGACCCUCUUUUAUUCACUCCGCCUCGACGUCUCUGUUGCCGAGGGCCUGUACUUCAGCCUUGUCACGGGCUCUUCGGUGGGCUAUGGAGAUAUUCAUCCCAGCCGCAGUCGCGGUAACCUGGAUUACGGAUCCAUGUGGUUUACCAUCUUCUACAUUACCUUCUUUGUCACGUUUGUCCUUCACUUCAUUGGCUGGAUUUCUACAGAAGUCUUUAAUGCGGCUAGUCGGCGAAACCUGACUCACAGCCUUCCCGAGGUGAGCAAGAUAACAUCUAGUGUCUGCGCCAAUGCCUGA